GGAGCUUCAUAUGCUCAACUUCUGCGCAUUUCGAUCUACCUACCUUCAUGUCAUGACCACCCUUUUCCUUCUCACCAACCUUUUCCAAUCUACCAUCUUUGCAAAUGCAUUGAGCAAUGAAACCGAUCGCUUGGCUUUGCUGAAAUUCAAAGAUUGCAUAGCCACCGAUCCAGAUGGGCUAUUGAACUCAUGGAAUGACUCCGUUCACUUCUGCAAAUGGCAAGGAAUUACUUGUGGUAGACGGCAUCAAAGAGUAAAAGCCUUGAACCUACCAGACGCUGAUUUGCAUGGAACCAUAUCACCAUACAUUGGCAACCUCUCCUUUCUCAGGAUAUUCGGCCUUUUCAAUAACAGCUUCUCUGGCAAGAUUCCACAACAAGUUGAUCAUUUGUUCAGACUGCGAGGUAUCAAUCUAGGUAUCAACAAGUUGGAGGGGGGAAUUCCAGUCAACCUGACCUUCUACUCGAAAUUAAGAUUCAUAAGCCUUGCAGCAAACCGCCUUACCGGCAAAAUUCCUUCAGAGAUUGGGUCAUUGGGGAAGCUUGUGGAUCUCAUUCUAGAGGAAAACAAUCUGACGGGACCCAUCCCACCUUCCAUGGGGAAUCUUUCAUCACUCACUCUACUUGACUUGGCACAGAACAAUUUGGUGGGCACCGUUCCAGAGGUGCUAGGCCGAUUGAGAAGCUUAUCUGAUUUUGCAAUUGGUAUCAAUACUCUAUCUGGUAUGAUCCCUCCCUCCCUUUUUAAUAUAUCAUCCAUCAAGACCAUCUAUCUUACGGAGAAUAAGUUUAAGGGCAGUAUUCCGCCUGAUAUAGGCCUAAACAUGCCUAAUCUCCAACUACUGUUACUUGGUAUAAAUGAAUUCUCUGGGAAAAUCCCGGCCUCACUUUCCAAUGCUUCUAAGCUUCAGAAGCUUGAUAUUGGGGAAAAUAAUUUUGUUGGGCAAGUUCCCGCAACUUUUGGAAAUUUUCCUAAUCUCUUGUUUCUCAACUUCUAUAGCAAUAAUCUAGGAAGUAAUUCAUCAAAUGAUUUGGGAUUUAUAACAUUCUUGACAAAUUGCAGCAAUCUGGAAAUAGUUGAUCUGAGUUCUAACAAUUUUGGAGGUGUUUUACCAAACUCUGUAGCCAAUUUCUCAACCCAACUGACUAAACUCUACCUUGGGAGGAAUCAAAUAGCGGGAACGAUUCCUGAAACAUUAGGAAAUCUGAACAAUUUAAUACUCUUGACCCUGGAAGUAAACUUGUUCACAAGUAUCAUUCCGGCUUCUCUUGGGAAGUUACAAAAGCUGCAAAUAUUAUAUUUAUAUUCCAAUAGAUUAUCAGGCUGGAUCCCAUCUUCCUUAGGAAACCUCACCCAAUUGUCUGAACUCACUAUAUUUGAAAAUGAAUUAGAAGGAAGCAUUCCUCCAAAUAUUGGUAACUGCAAAAAUCUGCAGGCGAUGGAUAUAUCAGACAAUAAGCUUAGUGGAGAUAUACCAUCACAGAUCAUUGGUCUGUCCUCCUCUAUCUUCCUCAACUUAUCGCAAAACUCGCUAACUGGCAUUCUGCCUGUGGAAGUGGGUAAGCUGAAGAAUAUCAAUACACUGGACAUCUCUGAUAAUAAUUUGACUGGGGGAAUUCCAGAAAUUAUUGGAGGAUGUCUGAGCCUUGAAUAUCUUUACCUACAAGGGAAUCUCUUCCAAGGUAUGAUACCUUCUUCUUUGGCUUCUUUGAGAGGUCUUCAGUCUUUAGAUCUUUCACGAAGCAACUUGUCAGGACAUAUUCCAAAAGACCUACAGAGACUUCCAUUCUUGAUAUAUUUGAACCUUUCGUUCAAUAACUUGGAGGGUGAGGUACCGAAAGAAGGAGUUUUUCGAAACACAAGUGCAGUAUCAUUGCAUGGAAAUACCAAACUUUGUGGUGGUGUUUCGGAAUUGCAGCUACCAGCAUGCCCCAUCAAAGUACCAGAGCAGAGAAAGUUGCAUGGUUUCAAACUAAAGCUCACAAUUUCUUUAGUUGCUGGAUGCGCUCUUCUGUUUGCAGUGAUCAUAGCUCUUUAUUGGAGGAGAAAAACACAAAAGAAUAUGCCGUUAUCUGCAGUGUCAUCAAUCAACUUCCUUCCAAAGGUUUCAUACCAGACACUUCAUCAAGCUACUGACGGAUUCUCUCUGGGCAAUCAAAUUGGAUCAGGUAGUUUUGGCUCUGUAUACAAAGGGAUUCUUGAUCAACAAGAAAACAACGUUGUUGCCAUAAAGGUCCUCAACCUUCAACAGAAAGGAGCUUUCAAGAGUUUUGUGGCAGAAUGCAAUGCACUAAGAAAUAUCCGGCACAGGAACCUUGUGAAGAUCAUAACAUGCUGCUCUAGCACAGAUUACAAUGGUAAUGACUUCAAAGCUCUAGUUUUUGAGUAUAUGUCAAAUGGAAGUUUAGAGGAGUGGUUGCACAGAGAAAACCAAUCAAGGAGUUUGAACCUCCUUCAAAGACUGAAUAUUGCUGUUGAUGUGGCUUCUGCAUUGUGUUAUCUUCAUGACCAUUGUGAACCACAAAUUAUUCAUCGUGACAUGAAGCCGAGCAACGUUCUUCUUGACGAUGACAUGGUCGCUCGUGUCGGUGAUUUUGGAUUAGCAAGACUCAUCCCACCAACCAUGUACUUCUGUGAAAAUCAAAGUAGCACAGUUGGGAUAAAGGGAACCAUUGGCUAUGCUGCUCCAGAGUACGCAGUUGGUGUGGGGCCAUCAAAGCAAGGGGAUGUCUAUAGUUAUGGGAUCCUUGUGUUGCAAUUAUUCACGGGAAGAAGACCCACUGAUGAAAUGUUUGUAGAUGGUUGCAAUAUCCAUACUUUUGUUAAGACGGCCAUACAUGGAAGACUAAUGCAAAUUGUAGAUCCUACUCUUGUUGCCACUCUAGAAGAGAUUGCAACUUCAACAACGAACAAUGAAGUGACCAAUAUCUGUGGUUACAACAAUGAAAUCGAAGCUGAUGAAGGCAACAUUGACAAUGAGAAUUUAAGCACGAUGAACACUUACGUGUGGAAGUGCAUACUUCCAACCCUUAAGAUUGGACUCGCAUGCUCGGAAGAAUCCCCAAGGAAUAGGAUAUCUAUGGAGGAAGUCCACAGGGAGCUACACCAUAUAAAAAAUGCUUACACUAAUGUCGACAUCCGUCGAGAGAGGCCAAGAAGAAGCUAAUUAAACAAGAGUAUGGCAUAGGAAGCGAGAAGUCAAUAUUCUCUGACUUGCACCACUGAAGACAUCUAAAGACAAGAUAAUUGCCUGGAAGUGUGGAAGAAAAUAAGUUGUAGGUAUAAUAAUCUAUAGCUUUAUUUCGAUUUCUAAGUUAUGCGUUGUUUGUUGUUUAAA